AUCUUAAUAGCUUUAAUUAAAAUGGUCAGUGUUUUGACCCCAAAAACGUUUUGUGACGUACUCCUUACUGCUUCCGGGUUAAGCCUCUCCUUCGCUGGCAUGCUUGUUGGAUUUUUCAACCAAAACCAACAUAGUUUAGCUAAAGAGAAAAUAAAAUGAGCUCUCAGAAAGGAAACGUAUCUCGCUCACGAGCUCAGAAGCAUAAAAACAGCACUGCCUUCAAAAACGACAAGUACGGAGCGACUGCGCAAGUGAAGAAGGCGAAUUCAAAGAUCCAUGAUGGACUCUGUCAACACUGUAAGGGUGUCCUUGAGUGGAAAGUCAAGUACAACAAAUACAAGCCACUAACGCAACCCAAAAAGUGCGUCAAGUGCUCUCAAAGGACAGUAAGGGAUGCGUACCACAUUGUCUGUAAGCCCUGUUCGCUUCAGCUUGAGGUCUGCUGCAAGUGUGGGAAGAAAGAAGACAUCAUUAUUCCAGUGAACUCACACUUGGACAAGAAGGAAGAAGAAGACGAAGGGAAAAAGAAGGGACAAAGGCGAGGGAAAGAAGAAGAGGAAGAUUUUGACUCUGAUGACAAUGAUGAUGAAUUUGACAACCUUGAGGAAGAACAAGAUGAUUUGGACAGAGACUCGAAACAGAAAAGUUCACCAAAAAAAUCAGAAAUUUUUCCAAAUGUGUCUCUGCUAAAUGUUAAAGAUUAAUGUUUUUUUGUUUUGUUUUGUUGUUGUUUUUUUUUUUUUUUUUUUUUUUUUUUCUUCAAAAUUUAGACUGAAUGAGGUUUUUGUCAUGGCCUCUAACAAGCUGAGCAACACAUGAAAGAAAGAAGCUGGUUGUUGCAGGAAAACAGCCUGAAAUCUACAUUCAUCUUCUCGGCGUUUCUUUUUUUUUAUCAAAACAUUAUUUAGUUUUUCUUAAAUUUUCAAAUACCAAUGAAAUGGCAAAAUCCUAUACGUUGAAACACCCUGUUUUGUUUUGUAGUUUGAAAAUGUAAAAAAAAAAUUUCCAAUUUAUAAUUAUAUCUUUUUCAACUUUC